AUGGACACGGUGCGAUUUUCAAUCAUAGAGAAUGAGAUGCGGUGGGAGGACGAGUACCGGAUGUACUAUCAGGAGCCGGAGGACGAUGCCAGCGACCCGCCGGACAGUGCCGGCCGCUACCGGCUGAGCAUCUCGAGCGAGAGCGACGUCGGCGGGGUGGAGAUUUCGUCGCCCAACCAACCGCACGACUUCGGGACGGGCCGCGAGAGUCAGGAGGAGAUAUGGGCGUACGCCGAGAUCGAGUCCGGGCUGAAGGAGCUGCCCGACGGUGAGCGGAUCGCGGAGCUGCUGCUGUGCAGCCUGGUGCCGGUCGGCGACAUCCUGCAGGACUUCGGCCAGCACGUUACGACGGUGCUGUUGCUCGCGGUCUGGUACAGCAAGCACGACCUGCUGCGGAAGGUGCUGGCGCUGGAGGGCCCGAACGUGCACGCGUGCGACACUGCCGGCAGAUCGGCGUUGCAUCUGGCAUGCUACAUCGGCGACUACAAGGCGACCGAGCUGCUGCUACAGCACGGUGCGAAGCCGCACUGCUGGGACAAGGAACGGGCUGCCACUCCGCUGCACUGCGCUGCCAGUUGCGGGAGUCUGGAGUGUGUGACGCUGCUGCUCGACCAGCACGUGGACAUUAAUGCCGGCAUCGAGAAGUAUUCGGCGCUGCACUACGCGGUGAUGCGCAACAGUAAGAGCUGCGUGGAGCAUCUGCUGCAGCGCGGCGCCAACCCGAACACGCCGCAGGUGUACACGCAAACACCGCUGCAUGUGGCCGCAGCCCUCGGGUACACGGAGUGCAUGGAGCUGCUGCUGGCGCAUGGUGCCGACGCACGCUCGCAGUACGGUCAGAAGAAGAUCACCGCACUGCAUCUGGCCGCGUCCGAGAACUACCUCGAGUGCGUGAAGCUGCUGGUGGCGGCCGGGGCCAACAUCGACGCACGCAAUCGCGACCAGCAGACGCCGCUGCACCUGGCCUGCCUGUCGCAGUGCCACGAAACCGUCACGUACCUCAUCGGGCAGAAGGCGGACGUGCACGCGGUCUACCGGGACGGCCGGACGGCGCUGCACGCGUCGAUCGUGAAGGAGUCGCGCUUCUGGGACUGCACGCUCAGCCUGCUGAAGGCGAAGGUGGACGUGAACCGGGCGGACCAUUUCGGCUACACGCCGCUGCACAUCGCCGCCCUCAACGAGUUCAGCACUUGCGUGUACAUGCUGAUCGAGUACGGUGCGGACAUAACGGCCCGCACCAACGGUGGCGUGUCGGCGCUGUCGUUCAUCAUCCGCCGCACGCCCGAAAUCAUCCCGCGCUACAUCGACAAGCUGGACGCGGCGAUCAGCGUCAACAGCAUCCACGAGAUCGGCGACGUCGACUGCGAGAUCCGGCUCGACUUCCGGCUGCUGGUGCCGAACAACGAGCGCGGCGAGACCGAGCUGCUGCUCGCGUUCAUCGAGGUCGGCCAGAAGCGCAUCCUCAAGCAUCCGCUGUGCGAAACCUUCCUGCUGCUGAAGUGGCGUCGCAUUCGCAAGUUCUUCAUCUUCAGCCUCUUCUAUCACGGUCUGUUCGUGCUGCUGUUCACCGCGUACGUGCUUGGCGUGUACGUGCAGGACUGCCGCACCCGGAACUGCCAAACGCCCGCCUACGUCCCGGCCGUCGGCUACAUCAUCAUCCUCUUCAAUCUGGUCCUGCUGACCAAGGAGAUCUUUCAGAUGAUGCACGGGUUCGUCAGCUACGUGCGCUACUGGGAGAACUGGUUGCAAUGGAGCAUCGUGAUCGGCAUCUUCCUCUGCACGCAUAAUGGACUCAGCGACGUCAACUCCGUCAUGAUAUGGCAGCAUCACGUAGCUGCUGUCGUAAUUUUUCUCGCCUGGCUUGAGCUUAUGAUGCUGGUAGGGCGCUUUCCCAUCUUCGGGUUGUACGUUCAAAUGUUCACCACCGUGGCGGUCAAUUUCUCCAAGUUUUUGAUGGCCUACUGCUGCCUGCUGAUCGCGUUCGGGCUGAGCUUCUGCGUGCUGUUCCCGAACUACAUCGCGUUCAAGGCGAUCCCGCGCUCGCUGCUGAAAACGAUCGUCAUGAUGGCGGGCGAGCUGGAGUUCGAGGACAUCUUCUACGGCGAAAACCUGAAGAUCGAGUACCCGGCGACGGCGCACGGCAUGUUUCUCGCCUUUGUGCUGCUGGUGACGGUGAUACUGACCAACCUGCUGGUCGGUCUGGCCGUCAGCGACAUCCAGGGGCUGCAGCAGUCGGCCGGCCUCGACCGAUUGUCGCGCCAGGCCGAGCUGAUCUCGCGCCUCGAAGGGCUAAUGUUUUCACGCCUGCUGCGCAAGGCACCGAUACGCAUCUGGGCCCUCUUUCAGCGGAUAGCGCUGCUGAAAACGUCCCGCUGCCGGCUGCACUUUCGUGUCAAGCCGAACGAUCCACGCGAGAAGCGGAUCCCGAAGGAGCUGAUAACGUCCAUCUACAAGCUGGUGGCCGAGCGGCGCGAACGCAACCAAUCGAUUCGACGCCGGCAAACCUAUCGCAACAUGCAGACGUUCAACGACCUGCUGAUGGGCGACGACGGUGCGGUGACGCUGCGCCGGAAGCACUUCAAGACGAUCAACAAGAAUCGCACCAUCUCGGAGAACUUCUACGGCGGUACGCGCCCGGACACGAUGCCGGCGGCUCCGACGGUGCGCACGAGCGCGACCAGCACGGCCAAGGCGCUCGAGGAGACGCAGAAAACCAUCCUCAAGCGGUUGGACGAGCUUAGCAAAGACCUCGAUAUUAUUAAGAAUAAAAUAAAGAAAUUGUGA